GUCGUCAUGGUGCUGAUGCUGCUUGUAGCCAUCCCACUUGUGGUCCAGAGCACCAACGCUGCCGCUCACUAUGAGAUGCUGGGGACUUGCAGGAUGAUCUGCGAUCCCUACAACCCGAAACACAGCAACACGGCCGUGGAGGUCAUGCAGGAUCUUAACGUCAUCCCUCCACCGCCCUUCAUCCAAGGGCCGAAAGGAGAACCCGGACGGGCGGGGAAACCCGGGCCGAGGGGUCCUCCGGGUGAGCCCGGGCCACCGGGGCCCAGAGGGCCACCGGGAGAGAAGGGCGAUCUGGUCAAGGCGGGCUUGCCGGCGCUGACUGCCUCAGGGGGGCCAGUAACAGGAGCGCUGAGCGCCACCGCUUUCAGCAGCCCGAAGAUCGCCUUUUACGUUGGCUUGAAAAGUCCGCACGAAGGAUACGAAGUCCUGAAGUUUGACGACGUGGUCACGAAUUUGGGAAACUACUACGACUCCAGCACUGGGAAGUUUACGUGCGCUGUACCUGGGAUCUAUUUCUUCACGUACCACGUCCUGAUGAGAGGAGGUGACGGGACCAGCAUGUGGGCAGACCUCUGCAAGAACGGCCAGGUUCGCGCCAGUGCGAUUGCUCAGGACGCGGACCAGAACUACGACUACGCCAGUAACAGUGUGGUUCUUCACCUGGACACUGGAGAUGAGAUCUAUAUCAAACUAGACGGCGGGAAAGCACACGGCGGCAACAAUAACAAAUACAGCACGUUCUCCGGGUUCAUUUUAUAUCCAGAUUAA